AUGCUUUCUGAGGGCAGUUCGUUUUUGAAAGGUGUGAUGCUUGGAAGCAUUUUCUGCGCCGUGAUCACUAUGAUAGGACACUAUGGAAUUGGUCCUAGAAAUAGAAUGCAAAACCACAAGCAUCUACGUUACCUACGAGCUCAUAACUUAACCACGUUAAAGGAUGAACUCAUGGAGCUCAGUAAGAGCUUAAGUGUGUACUGUAUGAUCCAGGUAACACUCAAAGAUGUGGGACACUGGGCUGCAGUGAAGGAAACCUGGAUCAAGCACUGUGAUAAAGCAGAGUUCUUCAGUUCUGAAAAUGCUAAAGUGUUUGAGUCAGUUAUCAUGGAAACGAGUGACAUGUGGUUAAUGAUGAGAAAAACUUUUAAAUAUGUCUUCGAUAAAUAUAAAGACCAAUACAACUGGUUCUUCCUGGCUCGUCCUACUACAUUUGCUAUUAUUGAAAACUUAAAGUACUUUUUGUUAAAAAAGGAUCCAUUACAACCUUUCUACCUAGGCCACACAGUAAAAUCUGGUGACCUUGAAUAUGUGAAUGUGGAAGGAGGAAUUGUGUUAAGUAUAGAAUCAAUGAAAAGACUUAAAAAACUUCUCAGUGUCCCAGAAAAGUGUCCUGAACAGGAAGGGUUAAUUUGGAAGCUAUCCGAAGAUAAGCAGUUGGCAGUAUGCCUGAAAUAUGCUGGAAUAUUUCCAGAAAAUGCUGAAGAUUCUCAAGGAAAAGAUGUAUUUAAUACACAAACUAUUGGGCUUUUUAUUGAAGAGGCAAUGAUUAGUCACACCGAUGUGGUAGAAGGCUGUUGUUCAGAUAUGGCUGUUACUUUUAAUGGACUGACUCCUAACCAGAUGCAUGUGAUGAUGUAUGGGGUAUAUCGUCUUAGGGCAUUUGGGCAUAUUUUCAAUGAUGCAUUGGUUUUCUUACCCCCAAAUGGCUCUGACAAUGACUGA